AUGUCUGAGUCGUCGCAUUCUACCGGUUUCUUAGAAUGUUGGUGUAGAAAAAGGGCUGUUAUUCGCACAUCAUGGACGGCCGACAACCCGGGCAAGAGAUUUCAUUCUUGCCUCGGCUACAAGAAUGGAGGCUGCAAUUUUUUCUCUUGGGUCGACCCUCCUACCUCUGACCGGUCUCAAACAAUCAUGCCUGGGUUAUUGAAGAAGAUGAAUGCACUGGAGAGAGCAAAAGAAAACUUAAAAUUUGAGAAUACCAAGUUGGAGGACAAGGUUGAAAAACUGGAAGAGAAGAUUGAAAAACUGCAGAAAAAGGUUGAAAAAUUGUAA